GAAUUCAGUGCCAAAGUUUUAUGAAUAUGUACAUUCAAACUGAUUGUUUAAUAUUGAAAGUUGAAUAUUUCAAUUUUAAAAUGGAUUAAGUGGGUUGUUUUCUGGAGAAGUGCUUGCGUACUACCUACAUUGCCCAUCUCAGAUUUUACCUUUACAAAACCAUCAAAAUAACUCUCAGCUAUCUUAGGUGUCAGACAGUUCAAUAGCAAUCUGUGAGCAUGGCAGGAUAAGAAUCAUUAAAGGAGGGAUGAAUAGAGUUGAAACGAGGACUGUUUGCUGGAUGGUGUGUUUACAGGUUUGUCAUUAAACAUAAUGUAAAUCAAAAGAGGAAAGAGAGGAAAUUAUUUCAGCGUCACUAAAUUGAUUUGAAUAUUAUGUAUGUGCAGUAGUGUGAAUUCUAACCAUGUCCUUGGUAAAUAGGGUUUUAUUGGCUGUGGUGUCUGAGUGUCAUUGUAAAAUGCGAAAUGCUCUUUAUCCAUUUGUAAUCAUUUUGAACAGAACAAGUUUUUGAAAAGAAGAACAGUUGAUUCCAACAAAGUAUCUCAUGAAAAAAAGAACAAUGUUAAAAGGGGUCUACAAUGCGUUUUGUAACAAAUAAUAUAUAUAAAUGAAAGAUGCGUCCAUAUAAACAUUUGCAUUCAAAGCAAUGUAAUUCACAUCUCAACUACUUUUUGUAUACGCACAUAUAUAUAUAUUUUCAUAUAUUCAUAUAUAUGUUCAUUAGUCAUCACUUUCUGGACUUUUUUGAAAUGAAUUUGAAUAUGGGGUUAUAUUUGUCGUCAUCGAGUUUUUGUGAUACUGCUUUUUUACUGAUGUCAGGACCAUUUUUAGCCGUCUGACGUGAGUGCGGUGGCGUGUGGUCCUCAGCACCAGUGAAAUGGCUGGUUUGUUAGGGGGUUAACUACUCCGUGCUUUCGUUAGUCCCUAAGCCUCCUACUCCCCCAGCCCCCCUCCCAUCAUCCACCAACCCCUGCGUCAACAGGAGACCGCCAGCCUGGGGUAUAUAAGAGACGGCCACCUCAAUCCUAAAGCAGCCCAAGACACUUCAGCUGAGACCAGAAGCAGCUCCAGCAGCUCCUCUCUCUGACUCUGCUCUACUCUCAUCACUUCUUCUACGUGGUUGCUGUUUUGUCACGUUCAGAUUUGCCUUGGCAAACUCUCUCUUGUUCUCUCUCUCUCGUCUUUUCCUCUACACUCAUUUUGUCAGCAUGCAGCUUUUGGCCAGCUUAGUGUCUCUGCUGCUGGUGCUGUACAGUGUGAGGGCAGCGGCCGUGCUUCCAGUAGAGGAGAGGAGCCCCACGCACACAAGGGAGCUGAGCAAAGAACGUAAGGAGCUGAUUCUGAAGCUCAUCUCGGGUCUGCUGGACGGAGUAGACAACAGCGUGCUGGCCGGGGAUCUGGUGAAUAUGGAAGUGGAGGAGCCGCUGGAGUCACGGCUGGAGGAGAGAGCCGUCUACAACCGGUUAUCACAGCUGCCCCAGAGAGACCGCAAAGCCCCCUGUAAAAACUUCUUCUGGAAAACCUUCACGUCCUGCUAACAGUGCCAGCCUCCUGACGGGUUCCUCCAUCUGAAUGCACACCGCCACCACCUCCUCUCCAAAGCCCCCCCGACAUGAACUGUGCCCACCUUCACUGUACAUACCAUCAUCACUGCUGGCGAAAGAAUGGUCACCGUGGACUUUAUUCAUGCAGCCAGUUUGUGAAAGAUACUAAUGAUUAUAUUUAUUUAUUUAUUGACUGACUGAUUUAUGAUUUAUUUAUUUGUUUGUUUCUCAACAUCUCAGACCAAUAAAGCAUGGUUAAGUGAUUUGCUUUUUGAUAAGGGAUGUCUCAUUCUCUGUGGUCAACCCCCCAAAAAAAGCAUCAAACUGUUUUAUCCUAAUGGAUAAAUAAACAUAUAACCGAUGAAA